AUUGGUAGGAAUACAGAAUUGUAAUGUCAACACUGCUUUAUUUUUUAUAUAUCUUUCUUUCUUCCGGUUGCCAACACCAAGGCAAGAUGCGUUCCGUCACAUUGAAGGAUGUUGAACAGGACAAGGUCGUCAAGACCGUAGCUGCCCAUCUGAAGAAGACGGGUAAGGUCAAGGUGCCAGAACACAUGGAUCUGGUGAAGACCGGUCGUUUCAAGGAGCUGGCUCCCUACGACCCCGACUGGUUCUAUGUCAGGUGUGCUGCCAUUCUCCGCCACAUCUACAUCCGCUCACCUGUUGGAGUCAAGACUGUCACCAAAAUCUUCGGUGGUCGCAAACGUAAUGGAGUCACACCCUCACACUUCUGCAGGUCAUCAGGCAGCAUUGCCCGCAAAGCCCUCCAAGCCCUUGAAGCACUAAAAAUGGUAGAAAAGGUUCAAGAUGGUGGUCGCAUUCUUACUGUUCAGGGCAGACGUGACCUGGACAGAAUUGCCGCGCAGGUCCGCCUAAAGGCUAAGCAGGCCGCCAAGCAGCAAGUCAUCGUUCUUUUAGUUUCUUUGAAAUAUUGGAUUCGAUUGGAUGUGCUUUGGAUAUGCAGUGACUACAAAAUGUUGUUAGUAUUUGGACGUGGAAUCGGCUUCAUAGUAUUAGUGAGUUUGUUAUCGUGUGUUGUAUCUUUGCGUCAGUAUGGAACGCCGAGUAACACAUUAUACGUAGCUGAAGACUUGGAGCCGAGUCGUGGAAAAUUGCAAAUUAUCAAUAGAAACAUUGAGAAUGAAGACAGCUCUCAUUUGGAAAGGAGAAAACGUGAAGCGACAACAUUAACGACUCCCGCUAUUCAGAAAAACAUAAGUACAUGGACAACACAUCUAAAUGACAGCCAUCAGCAGUUGAUGGUGCACUGGGUGGGUGAAGGGUCCAAUGUGAUCAUCUGCCUGGCUAGGGAUUCAAGUCCUAGAAACAAAGGAGGUUUAUCACCAUCUGCCCUCUUUAUAUCUUAUGACUAUGGCAAGAACUUCACCAAUAAAACUGAAAGCUUCAAACUGGGUGAUGCACCAGACAGUGGAUAUGCUCAACUGGAUAAGUUCUUCAACCAUCCCAAAUACCCUGAAUUUUGUGUAUUCGUGGAUUCAACAAACAAGAAACUUUUCUACACUAGUGACAAUGGACGCACCAUCCACCGGUCGGACCUCUCUUUUCACCCCAGUGAGCUAUCUUUCGAUGAGGAGUUUCCUGACAAAUACGUUAUUUUGGAUAAAGUCGUCACCAAUAGAAAACUGUACCUGACGCUAGACGGCGGAAAAACAUUCAAGAUGAUCCAAAGUUACGUGAAAACCUUCUUCUGGUCUUCGGGUCCUGGUUUCUCGAAGGUGUUCUACAUGGAGCGCUGGAAGCCUGAUGGAACGAGCACAGUGUUCAGCGCGAGCGAUCCUACUGACCUGGUCAAUGCUGAGAUUCUGUUCGAAGAGGCCAAAGACUUCCAAAUCAAAGGAGAUUACAUGUUCGCCACCAAACAAUCCAAAGACGUAAGUUUUUUUUUAUUUUUAUAAACGCGGAAGUUACUC